CCCGCCUGUCCGCCGCCUGCGCCCGCUCCCCGACCCAGAAACACCCAACCCCGAACCCGACGAAGCGGCGUCGUCGGAUCCUGGGGGUGAAUGACCGCCCAUCAUGUCCGCAACAUCGUCUUGGCCCGGGACCGAUGGUUCCUCUGAGCAGAGUGGACAACAGGUCUCACCGUCAGACCAUCAAGAUGUGUUGGACCGACAAAUGGUUCAACAUUUGUUGAGUCGUUAUGGUCAUAAUGGACUAAGCAAACUGAUUCGGGAUGAGCUGACACCUCAAUCUGACGGAGCAUCCAUCAUUUCGAGUGCCGCGCAAUCUUCCAUCCUCUCCGACGAUUCAUCCAGCAUCUGGGACACCCAAAGCGUGAGGACCUUCUCAUCCGACGCGUCGUCCAUCACCGGUAGCAUCAUCUCCAACGUCUCGCGCGGCGCCAAACUCUUAACCCGUCGAUCGACCAACCGUGCGGUUCGGAGCUCUUCCACCGCCACUGCAGCCGACGCGCAAACCCAUACUCACACUUCGGGCCAUUCUACAAAAUCCACUCCGUACCAGACCGAUGACCACCAGCACCACCACCACCACCACCACCACCACCAGAAUGACACCCCGUCGUCGUCUUCUUCACACGUCGCGACCCCGGCAUCCGACACGACCACAACGCCUUCGCACUCCAGCGCGACGAAGCAAAAGACCGUCUUCAUGUGCGGGUUCUGCAGGGAAGAGGACAUCACCAAGACAUGCACGCGCAAGAACGACCUCAAACGCCACAUCGAGGACUUCCACAACGUCAACGCCCAAUGGCACUGCAAACACCGCGGCUGCAAGAUGGUCUUCGACUGGCAGGCCGCCUACAAGACCCACCUCAAGGCCGCCCACGGCGGGUCGCGCAUGUCGCUCGACGAGGCCAAAGUCAACCUCUGCCCGCAGGUCGUCUUCGCCUGCGGCUUCGAGAAAUGCGCCCAGCUGUACGAGGCCCGCGGCGACGACGACGCCGCCGCCGUGUUCAAGGAGUACGUCGCCCACGUCGUGAAGCACUUUGACGACGGCGCCGUCGGCGGGGAGUGGUCCUACUCGGCCAGGAUGCGGAACCUGUUCCGCCAGAGCCACGUCGUCGGCGCCUGGAACGAGGCAUCGGCUUGGAACGGCGGGGGCGGCGGCGGCGGUGCCGGCAGCAGCCUCGACCUCAACCUCCGUCACCUCCGCUGGGACCCGCAGACGUCGGUCGUGUUGAGGAAAAGGCUCGAGAGCCGACACAUCGGGGACGUCAAGCUGCUGAUCCAGUACGCCAUGGUCCUCGGCUCGGACCCGAACGCGCCCUGCGAGUUCCGGGAGGAUUUCGUCGUCCCCGUCGCCGAUACCUGCCAGCACGUCAUGCCGGGUCACAAGACGAGGCAUCAGAUGAUGGCGGCGAUGAUGCCGCCCGAAGAUGCCUCGACGGACCCCUUCUCGUUCCGUAUCUCCCGCGGCGCGAACCCGGCUCUGGCGCAGUACAUGGCCUCCCAGCGCAAGGUGUACGCCCCGAGCCGACAGCGCGUCAUGCGCCCGCUGCAGCUGCACCAGCCGAGGCCGACAUCGAACCCGCUGGCGCAGCACCAUCACCAUCCUCCACCACCUCCUCCUACUCAUCAUCAUCAUCAACAACAACAACAACAACAACAACAACAACAACAACAACAACAACAACAACACCACCACCACCACUCGCCCCUGUACUCCCGCCACGACGCCCACGUCAGGUCCCAUCCGCACCACACCCCCGGCACGGUCAUGCCGGAUGGCAUCCAGGGCCUGCGACACCUGACAAACGAGGCUUCCGAACCGCCCGACGUCGAGAUGGAGGACCCGUCUGCCAUGAUGGAUUUCUCGUCGACGUACGGGAAUCAUCACGGCUCGUUACAUGCACCUACGGCGAUAGUGGCGCCUGCUAUGGAGGGGCGCGUGAUGGGCGAGCACCCGGGUGCCUUUUAUUAA